UCUAUUUAUAGAUCCUUAAGUUUCUUUUAAUUUAUUGAGCAAUUUGAUGAUAUCUUAUUUGGGUUUUAACACAAAAGAAAAUGUUACAUUCAGUGACUCUCAAUUCUUUAUCUUCUUCAUGUCUUGUUGGAGCUAAUAAUGAGCUUCAUUCUUCAAGAUUUGAUGUAAAUUCAUCAAGAAUUCGUUGUUGUUCAAGGAGUCAUGCUUAUAUACCAAAGCUUGAACCUUUUAGCAGAACCAAGUUUGAUAGAGUUGUUAAAGAUCCACCUUUGAUUGAAAAAUCUGAAAAUGAACUUGCAGAUUAUUGUUCUGUUUUAGAAGGGGAUGAUUCCUAUAGCUGUUGGCAGGCCUAUUUUGAACUCAAAGAUCUUGAAGAAAAAGCACCUAAGGAGGAGAUAGAGAGGCUAAUACUUCAAGCAGGGGGAGUAAAGACUCUCAUUGGCUGCUUACAUGGAGUUAUAGACAUGCACAAAGCCAAAAAGGAAAGCAAAGAAUCAGCCAAAGCUGUGAAUCUUGAGGCGAAAUUGGAAAGACAUUGUCCUAUACCUGAUGGAUUGCCAAGGUCAAGAGAAGAGCUUGAGGAAGAGGAGAAAGCUAGAAUGCCAGAUUCACCCUUCACCAAAAUGCUCAGAGCCAGAGGAACACACGCUGUUUGGGACUCAACUAGAAUUGACUACUGAUAUGGAGCUUCAUAAAAAGCAUGUUGUUUGAGCUUCAAAAUAAUAAGGUCAAGGAAGAGUUGAAUGGUGUAUUAUCUUGGCCAAUGUGGUAAAAAUUUCUGGUGAUGUAAUGUUGAGCCUGUGGGGAUGUUAUCACGUAUUUUUUGUUAGUGUUAGCAUAAAAUAGUGUGCUUUUAUGGGUAGGUUAGGAGUUGCCAUUUGUUCUGAAUGUAAAUAUGGUUUGGUUUUGGGAAAUUCUAAUAUCAGUGAAGUUUCGACA